AUGGUCUCUGAGAUUUCAUGGCAACUGCUUAAACAAGCCAGUAUACUUGGUUUAGCCCCGGUGUUGUCCAAUGAAGUUGAUCUCAUUGAUUUAUGUACUCAAACGCCUAUAACUGAUGAUAAAAUUGUCAUAAAUGUUAGUGGGGUUCACUUUGAACUGACUGAAUCUCUAGUUCAACGUUAUCCAUCAACACUACUUGGUUCAACUGAACGUGAAUACUUUUAUGAUGCUGUCAAUAAGGAAUACUUUUUUGAUCGUGAUCCUGAAUUAUUUCGAUAUAUUUUAACAUAUUAUCAACAUGGGAAAUUACAUUUUCCAAGGAAUAUGUGUAUAUCAGCAUUUGAAAAUGAAUUGAAAUUUUUUGCUAUUUUGUCGGAUAAUUUAUCGGAUUGUUGUUAUGAGAAUUUUAUUGAUCAUUCAAAGGAUAUUGAACAACGUCUUGAAGAUGAUAAAAAGACAUUUGCACAGAAUAAUAAAUCAUUAACUGUAACAAAGAAAACCUUUCGAGAGAAAUUGUGGGCAAUGUUUGAAAAUCCUGAAGAGAAUAGCAUAGCCUAUAUGAUAUAUUAUACAACUGGAUUUUUUAUUAUUAUCUCCGUUCUGUCCAACAUGGCAGAGACAUUACCGUAUAAUGAUGGUAAACUGAUGGAUACUCAUCCGUUAAGGACAUAUGGUGAUAAAUAUUCAAAUAUAUUUUUCUGUAUAGACACAGCUUGUGUAUUAAUAUUUACUAUUGAAUAUCUGUGCCGGUUGUAUGCUGCACCAUCACGUUUAAAGUAUGUACGAUCUAUUAUGGCUAUUAUCGAUUUAACUGCUGUUCUACCCUACUAUAUAAGUCUAAUUGUUCCGGCUGGAUUACAAUUCUCAGGUUCAUUAGUUACGCUUAGAGUAUUUCGAGUAUUUCGUAUAUUUAAAUUUUCACGACAUAGUCAAGGCUUACGAAUAUUGGGAUAUACACUGAAAUCAUGUGCUGAGGAAUUAGGCUUUUUAUUAUUCAGUUUAACAUUGGUUGUGAUUAUAUUUGCUACAGUGAUAUAUUAUAUUGAAAAAUUUGAUGAAAAUUCUACAUUCUAUAGUAUUCCUGAUGCUUCAUGGUAUACAAUUGUUACUAUGACAACGUUGGGAUAUGGUGAUAUGAUACCGUCUACAGUGUUGGGAAAAAUUAUUGGCAGUGUUUGUUCGCUAUGCGGUGUCCUAGUUAUCGCUUUGCCUGUACCUGUAAUUGUAUCGAAUUUCUCGCGGAUUUAUCAAAGAAAACAGAGAGCGAAUAGACAAGCUAUGAGACGAGCAGUGCGUCCUGCAAAUGAAGUAACGCGAACGCAACAAGUGCCAUCAAGUCAAAAGAGAAUGUCAAAAGGAAAAGUAUCAAAUAAUAUGCGAUUAAAAACACUGGCCUAUAGACCAACUUAUCGAGUAUCUCAUAGUAUCAUUGAACACGGAUCUACAACACAAACAACACUAAGAGCAAUGGCUAACUGGUCCAGGAAAAGAAUACGACUAAGAUCUUAA